ACGCGCUCGGCUCUCCUCUCUUCUUCCGCAGAAUAUCGCACAGCAGCAGCAGUCGGCGCGCCUCUGGGAGGAUGGAUGGAGCGGGCUCGUUCGGAGCGGGCCGAGCCGGUUCGGCCUUUGAUCUGAUUGUGUUCAUCAAACAACCGCAGACGAUCCUGAGAGUCCUGGCAUGGAUCUUCUCCAUGGUGGUCUUUGCUUCUAUAAUAAAUGAGGGCUAUGUGAAUAUGGGCAGCGAGCGACUGCACUGUGUCUUUAAUAAGAACGCGGACGCCUGUAACUACGGCAUCACUAUAGGAAUUGUGGCUUUCUUAGCCUGCGUCUUGUUCCUGGCCCUGGACGUCUACUUCCCUCAGAUCAGCAGUGUUAAAGAUAGAAAGAGAGCCGUGCUGGUGGAGAUAGUUUUUUCAGGAUUCUGGACGUUCCUUUGGUUUGUAGGAUUCUGCUUUUUGGCCAGUCAGUGGAGCCGUACGUCCCCUGAGGAGCUGCCACUGGCUCAGGCGUCAGACGCAGCACGAGCGGCCAUCGCCUUCUCUUUCUUCUCCAUACUCACCUGGGCGGGCCUGACGGUGUGCGCCGUUCAGAGGUUCCUGCUCGGUACUGACAUGACCCUGUUCACCACCGAGCACAUGCCUGGCCAGCCGCCCAAGCAGCCGUACCCCUCCAACGACGUCAUCGGUCAGACCACCAUCCCCGUCAACGCUUACCAGAGUCCACCGCUCAUCGAAACCGUGGAGACCCGCCCCCCCGGAUACAAGAUCCCGCCUGCGUUUUAAUCCACAACCAAUCAGAAGGCAAGGAAUAUAGCAGCGCUAAAGGACAGAGUAUAGACUGCCGUCAAUGUUAGCUAAAUGUAUCGUAUUGUAACGCGUUUUAGUAACGGUUUGGCAAGGGGAUGAUGCUCACCUUCUGUAGUCCACACUAUAAUACAGUCUGAUAAUGUAUAGUCUCACCUUAACCUGAGCAAAGAUGGAUGUUCUGGGUUGACUGUGAUUGCCUACUCAGACCUUUUACAUUCGGCUACCAAUAGCUGUGAAAUCACCACAAGGAAAUUAUUUUGUUUAAUUAAAGAAAUGAAAAUUACUUACAGGUGCACUAAGUAUUGGCUGUUGCGUCAUUUAAAAGCAAAAGUUUUUGGUGGGAUUUAAUUUUGACAAAUCAUACAGAUGAUCUAAAUGAUGCCAGUGCUUAUUAAAACAUUUUUGUUCAUUUAAAUAAGGCGAUUGAAAUAACACUGAUUAAAUAAAAUAUAAAUCUCACCUGAAAACUUCAAACUUGAAAAAAACUUUUGACUUUUUGGCCAAUAAUACGUAGUAAUAAUAAUAAUAGUCAUAUUUCAUAUCUAAAAGUUACUACAUAUUUUCCUUUUUUUCCAGGGUAAAUUUUUUCCCAUAUGCAAAAGUUACUUGGUGCACGUUUAAGAAUAACAAAAGUGAAGCUUAGAUUGUUAUUAUUUUUGUGUUUCUGAUUAUCAAAUGAUGCAGUCUUGAUUGACGGAAGUACCAAACGAUACAUCGAUCAGCGUCUAAUGCAGUUAAAGUUGUGUCAAAAUCUGUUGAGAGAAUAUUAGUAAAUGUGUUUAUAAGUACUUAAGAGUAUGUCACUAUUAGGAGAGAGAGAGAUAAUGAGAAACGGUGAAGAGAAUGAGCAAAUGAGUGUGUGUGUGUGUGUGUGUGUGUGUUAGCUGAUGGACUGUAGCAGUCAGAGACAUUCCGGAUGAGAUAACUGAGAUUACUGGAACAGAUUGUUUACUUUAAAAAGCAUAUUUGUGCAUAUGUGUGUGAGUUUGUGUGUGUGUGUGUGGGAGUGUGUGUGUAUAAGUGUGGCUGGGAUUGUGUGUGCUUGCUCUAAUUCUGUCUAAUUGCAUGAUAUGGUAAAAUGCCACAAAUUCCCACUGAAGCAGAGAUGUAAUUGUUAUAUUUUGUUAAUGGAAGAAGUUACAGUGGUUAUUAAAGUCUUUAAGAUGACAUAUACAGUACCAUGAGGUCCUGAAUAAAGAAGUGCAGUGAA